ACCACCUGUCGUCACCGCGCCUUCCUCCAACAACCACAUCACCCAAGCCAACCCGCACCAUCCUGUCUCAUCGCCGCUCCUUUCAGCUCACCCCGCCCGCACCACACCUUUGUUGCCAGUCGGCCUGUGUCGACCACACAACUCACACAUGUCUUCUUCCAGACUCACUCGUUCCGCUGCGAGACGCACUGCGGGUGCGGCUAACGGAUCCCACCUCAACGAUCCCGCCCCUCCUCCACCUCCUCCACCUCCGCCUGCCGAUCCUCGACCUCCUUCACGUAAACGCAAGGCCGCUGCCCGCGAGCCUACUCCCGAACAAGCUCAGGAUACCAUCCCUGCACAACGUGCCCGUGGCGGACGUAGCAAGCGAUCCCGCCUUGACACAGACGCCCCUCUUCCUGCUUCGCGGUCAAAGAAAGGCAAGGCAAAGUUAGAUACGAGCAUGGAGCCGGGUCCUUCAGGGGAGCCUUCCGAGCCUAUUCCAACCGAGACCCCGCAAGCUUCAGCUUCCGCCCGUGGUAAGAGCGGCCGCAAGAACGCGGGUCAGGGUACUUUCACCGAAACCAGUCCUGCAUAUCUCCAUUCUGACCCAUUUGCAGCAUCUGCUACGCCAACCUCUUCCGGCCGCGCCUCCAGGAAAACCCCUACCAGCCCAGCGAAAGAUGUGGAUAUGGAGGAAACACCUGGUGCAAGAAACGAAGGGCAUGAAAUGGAUGAAGACAGCCACGAUGAAGGUGCACAUGGCGCAUGGGAUGAGGAUGACGAGGAUGACUUUGACCACACUUCGGACCCUUUCAGGGGCCUAGCAAAUAUCCCGGCGUUGCGUGCCUUCACUGGUAUAUACUCCGGUCAACAGGCUAGGUUCCGAAAGUACCUGGAGCAGCUGAGGAGCAAGGAUCCCUCUCUCCAAUUCAUUGCUCUGCAAGAACUCUCCGAAACGUUGCUCCUGGUCCCCGAAGACGCUUUAACUGGAAACUUCCCGUCGGAUCAGUUCGUGAAAGAGCUGGUGGCCCUAAUGGAGCCGAGCGAAUUCGGGGAAGAAAAUCCUAACCUGAUGCUCCUAGCUUGUAGGUGCCUGGCGAAUUUGAUGGAAGCCAUACCCGCUGCCACUGCCAACGUCGUAUACGGGGGAGCUGUCCCCGUGUUGUGCUCCACUCUGCUGCAGAUGCAAUUCAUCGAUGUGGCAGAGCAGUGCCUAAGCACUUUGGAGAAGAUUUCGGUUGAGUUCCCGGCUUCGAUUGUGCGAGAGGGUGGUCUUAGUGCCUCUCUGUCGUACUUGGAGUUCUUCCACACCAGUACGCAGCGUACCGCUGUCACCACGGCCGCUAAUUGCUGCCGUAACAUACCAGAAGACUCUUUCGACACCGUGCGAGAUGUCAUGCCCAUUCUCAAAAACAUUCUGAGCAAUUCGGACCCAAAGGUCGUGGAACAAGGCUGUAUCUGCAUUUCCCGAAUAGUCCAGAGCUUUAGGCACUAUGACGGGAAGCUUGAGGAGCUGGUCAGUCCGGACCUUCUUGAAGCCAUUCUGAGGCUGCUAUUGCCUGGCACGACCAAUCUCGUCGGCGAAAAUAUCCACACCAUGUUCCUUCAGGUCCUUGCUUACACUGCCCGGGCCAGCCCAAGCCGAUCAGCGGAACUCUUCAAGAUGAAUAUCGUCGAGACGCUGUUCCAGAUACUGACCGGCGUCUCGCCGCCUCCCGCCUCGGACAAUACCCCCACCAAAAUCGACAGCAUCAUGGUCAUGCAAGCCUUGAUUCACCGGCCAAAGGAUCAGGUCUAUGAGACACUCAACGUUAUAUGCGAGCUGCUGCCAGAUGUUCCGAAGGACGGUUUACACUAUUUGGAAGGCCUCUUCGACGCUGGAUAUCCGGGUACUAGGCAUCCUCCCUUAUCCCGUGCCGGCAGGUCUGCAAACGAGACUCGCAUCAAACUUUUGGAGGGUUGCAAGCCAGAGGUGAAGCGGUUCGCAGUAGUCCUCUUCCCCACUUUGACCGACGCGUAUUCAAGCACGGUCAAUUUGGGCGUUCGACAGAAGGUUUUGACAGCACAGCUGAAGAUGCUCUCCAACCUUGACGUGGAUAUCCUCGAGGAAGCUCUCCGCACCGUGCCGUACGCCUCCUACCUGGCAGCCAUCUUCUCCCAACAGGAUCAUCCCAGCCUCGUCACUUAUGCGCUGCAAGCCGCGGAAAUCCUCUUAGCACGGCUCGGAUCAAUUUAUCGGUAUCAAUUCUAUCGUGAAGGUGUUAUCUCUCAGAUAUCUGCCCUCGCCGAGCGACCGCUCAAAAACUCUGCAUCCCUUCCAGUGCACGUGCAACGCGGAGGUGGUGAUUCCGACACGGGCGACAAUGAAACCGAAGACGGUGUAGAACAUGCCGGCGGCGAGGAUUCCGUAGUAGAGGUUCUUUCGGAACAUGAGGAGGAAGAGCACGAGGCUGACCACGACGAGGAGGAGCACGAGCAUAGCGAUCAUCACGGUGAGGAGGAUGAUGACACCGAAUCGGAUUCAUCCUCUGGCGGAUAUUCUUCUCAACCGAUGCCGAACAUUGAAGACAUUAUUACCCUUCGAGCACGGAAGUUUAUCGAACUUCAUGAGAAUGAGAGCGUAAAAGAAGUGAAGGAGAAAGCCUCGAGAAUCAUGGAAGAAUUGAAGUCAUUAGCCAACGAGCUCCGGAGGUGCGUUUUGGAGAAGGGAGCGGCAAACUGCAAAGAGCUCUUCACUCGCCUGGCCGCCCACUUUGAUGGAGAUGCAUUGGAUGGAAUCACAACUUAUGAGCUGAUGACGUCGGGUAUCGUCGAUGUCCUGCUGGAGAUCUUCGAGCCGCGCCACGGCGUUGACGUCCGAUCCGUGUUUCUCGAAACCUUCAUGGGCUCCUCCACGGCGAACACAGUGAACCCCAGCGGCCACUCUUCCCCGGAGACGCCAUUUAGCGUCUUGGUGAGCAAAUUGCAAGAUCUACUCAGUAGGGCCGAGCAUUUCGAAGUCGUGACAGUCCAUCAGAGUUCUUAUGAUGGCCGGGCGAGUGCUGCUUCGGUGCUGACCAAACAGGUACGGCUGAAGUUGGUGGGCGACGAAGACUCGGGAGUUCCUAAAGCUUACCGCAACAUCCUUGUCUCCAUCCAUGCCAUUGCUACAUUCAAGGCGUUGGAUGACUAUCUUCGGCCACGCUUUAGCCUUGCUGAACGGCCGCGUUCCAGCAACAGAGAUACCCUUGCAGCAUAUGCCGCUGCGCUUGCCGGUGGACGUGCGCUACCCCCACCGCAGACGCCUCAGACGCCCGCAGAGUCGAGAAGUCGGUCUUCGACGAAGAAGCCAUCCAAAUCAAAACCCUCUGGCUCUGCUACUGACGGCCAAGCUGGCUCAAGCUCGGGAGCUCAGCAAAAGCCCCGUCGUUCAUCUCGACGUCAGCAGACGCAGGGGCCUCCUCCACCACCUCCGCCGCCCCCAGCUCCUGCCCAGGAACCGAGCAACCAGGAACCACUUGAGUGUGCAGACGAAGAACGGCUUUCUGAUGAAGACUCCUUGGACGACCAGGCAGCCCUCAAUGCGCUGGUGGACGACUUGGAUGAUGCGAUAGAGGAGGACGCACCGGACCCAUCGGCAGUGAAUGUGGAGGUUGCCUCGACAGGCAAAGUCACAGCACGUAAAGAGGACGGUACGCGGAUUGCCACGCCAGUGCAGGGCCAAACACCGGUUCGAUCCUCCCCAGCGGAGCGCGCUCAUAGCGCAUUGCGCGGCCAGCCUCCACCCUCCCUUGCUGGGGCCGCAGGCUUGCGACAGGCCCUCGGUGGUGUGUCUGGUUUGCUUUCGCAAGUUGCAGCCGCUCAAUCCACGCCUUCAGAUUUCCACCUCGAAUUCAGUAUCAACGGUCGCCCCAUACCCCAUGACACGACGAUUUACCGCGCAGUACACUUCAGUGAUGCUCAACCUGGUGAUGGAUCCCACCGGACCGUGUGGAAUGCCAUUCACACGAUCAAUGUUCGAAAGGUUUCUGGGCCGGCCCCUACCGAGUCCAGCCUAUUCGCAGCGCCGGAAUCUUCCACGCCCGGAAAAUCCGGGCUGCCGACGUCCUUGGACCAGAACCCUGUGGCUUCCGGUAUCCUUCGAUUGUUGAGCAUUCUCCAUGGCCUCAACUGCAACCUUGACGAUGUAGUCAUUGACAAGGGGGAACAUCUAGUAUUCCAUGCAGAGCCCUUGUCUCAAUUCGUCAACCCAAAGCUGACCGCAAAGCUGAACCGGCAGUUGGAGGAGCCGUUGAUCGUUGCAAGCAACUGCCUGCCUUCUUGGAGUGGAGAUCUCGCCCGUUACUUCCCAUUCCUCUUUCCCUUCGAAACGCGACAUCUGUUCCUUCAAUCAACGGCUUUCGGUUAUUCCCGAGCGAUGAAGAGGUGGCAGAACUCGCAGACGACUCAAGAUAAUGGGCGCCAUCGCGACGAUCGGACUGCAUUCCUCGGUCGCCUUCAACGUCAAAAGAUACGUGUAUCCCGAACGCGUAUACUGGAAUCCGCUUUGAAAGUCAUGGAAUCCUUUGGCUCGUCUCCGGCCAGUCUUGAAAUCGAGUACUUUGACGAAGUGGGCACCGGUUUGGGACCGACAUUGGAGUUCUACUCUUCGGCAUCGAAAGAGUUUUCCAAGAGAAAGCUCAAGCUUUGGCGGGAGAACGAGACGGACGAGAAUGACGAAUAUGCGUUCGGAACUCGGGGGCUUUUCCCUGCACCAAUGAGUGCCGCUUAUGCAGAGACAGAAGAGGGCAAACGUCACCUGCAGCUGUUUAAGAUGCUUGGCAAGUUCGUUGCACGUUCAAUGCUAGACAACAGGAUCAUUGAUGUCUCCUUCAACCCAACCUUCUUCCGCAUUGGGGACGGUACGGCACCCGUGGCUCCCUCCCUGGGAGCAGUCAAGUCCGUCGAUCGGGACCUUGCACGGUCGCUCAAGCUUCUCAAACGCUUUGCGCAAGCCAGGCAACAGAUCGAAGCGGACAGCACUUUAAGUGAAGCAGAGAAGAUGGAAGCCAAGUCAAAUAUCAAGAUUGAUGGCGUGAGCGUUGAAGAUCUAGGCCUUGACUUUACCGUUCCAGGGUAUCCCAUCGAACUGAUCGAAAACGGGGAGCAGCAAUCCGUAACCAUCGACAACGUCGAUCUUUACGUGGAGAAAGUUAUUGACUACACACUUGGCUGCGGAGUGCAGCGCCAGGUAGAUGCCUUCCGCGCGGGCUUCUCCCAGGUGUUCGACUACUCGUCCUUGAAGGCCUUUACGCCGGAUGAGCUUGUCAUGUUAUUUGGGCGAGUAGAGGAGGAUUGGUCCGUUGAAACACUCAUGGAUGCCAUCAAGGCCGAUCAUGGCUAUAACCUCGACAGCAAGACUGUUCGUAACUUGCUCCAGGUCAUGAGCGAAUAUUCCCCCGCCGAGCGACGCGACUUCCUACAAUUCACUACUGGCAGUCCAAAGCUGCCCAUUGGAGGAUUCAAGAAGCUACAUCCCAUGUUUACCGUUGUGUGCAAGCCCAGUGAAGCGCCAUUGACAUCGGAUGAUUACCUUCCCAGCGUCAUGACUUGCGCCAACUAUCUCAAGAUGCCGGACUACAGCACCAUUGACGUGCUUCGGCAGAAGUUAGCCGUGGCCAUUAAGGAGGGCCAGGGCGCGUUCCAUCUUUCUUAAGACGAUGUGAUAGGUUCAGAGACACCAAUGUUUUGCUGGGGAUAAUGGAUUUGGCAUACGGCUGUCGAGCUGGGGCUCUCCACGACUCCGUUUUGCCGAUGUAUUUCUAAAGCAUGGUAGUUCGUUUGGUACGUCGGUCAUUUUCUUUUAAAUCACAGUUACAGAAUGGGAGAACUGCAUACCGAGGUGGAUCGGAAUAGGCGUUAUCGAUAGUGCUUUUGUAGUUAAUACGGCUGGAAACCCGCUCCAAGGGAUGUAGAGUAGACAAUUCCGUCGUGCCAGUAUAUCUCCUGUGU